AAUAUGAGCGGGUACGAUAUGCAUCGUGGCGACGCCCCGGCUUAUGGCAUGAGCGACAAAUAUGUGACGGAUCUUUUCUCCGACGAGGCGGUCAGAAUCAUUGAGCAUCACGAUCCGUCUCGACCGCUCUAUCUCCAUAUAUCGCAUCUCGCUGUCCACGCGCCUGUCGAGGACCCGCAAGAGUACGAUCACUAUAACGAUAGGCGGUUCACAAACAUCCCGGAACAGAAUCGCCGCAAAUAUGCCAGGAUGGUAUCGAAAUUAGACGAUUCCGUUGGGCGCAUCGUUAAUGCUUUGGGCAACCGGGGGAUGCUGAGGAACUCGCUGAUCCUUUUCCUCACCGACAACGGUGCGGCGCCCAUUGGCAAAUCUCGCAAUUACGGCUCUAAUUUUCCUUUACGAGGU